AUUUAUAAAAGAUAUUAACAUGGGAAGAACUAUUGAACUUUCUAAUGGAGCUAGCAUCGAGAGAACUGCUCUUGAUGGCUAUGAUGAGGAAUGGAUCAUGACUAAUAAAACACUUUCCACUCUUGAAGUGACUCUCGAUCUUUCAAAGUGCUCAGGAAUUGAAGUAGAUGACCAUGAAGGAGAAACCUCUGUAUCUGCUGAAUGUCCUCCUAAUGAAACACAAACAUUGUUCGUUGUAAGAAGAAAUCCUCCAUUUAAAUUUGCUGCAGGUAUUUCUAUGAAAGAAAUCCCGGCACCAGUCGAAGAACAAGAAGAACUAAUUGGAGGAUUCAAGAGUGAGCUUGAUUCAAAGAUUGAUGAGAUGAGUGAACUUCUUAGAAAGAUUCCUUUUGACACAAUGAAUCAUGAAGAGAUCUGUGAUAAGCUUGGAGAAUUCGGACUUGACCAUUUCACAGAUCCUUCCUUCCCUCCGAAUGAUGAUAGUAUCUACGACAAGGAGACUGAGCCUGAGUAUCCUCUUCAGCAAAAGCCAGUUUGGAAGAGACCUCAUGAAUUUAUGAGAGAUCCAAAAUUGUUUGACGAUGGAAUUGAUCCCAACGACAUUAAUCAAGGGGCACUGGGAAAUUGUUGGUUCCUUGCCUCAAUUGCAUCUGUCGCUGAAAAUCCAGCCUUGAUCAAAAGACUUUUCAUCACUCAGGAGUACAAUGAGCAAGGUUUAUACCAGCUAAGAAUUUGCAAAAAUGGAGAAUGGCUGAAAGUGACAGUGGACGACUACAUCCCCUGCUACUAUUCUGGUGGCCCAAUGUUCUGUAGAGCUACUGGAGACGAACUCUGGGUGCUCUUGCUAGAGAAAGCUUACGCUAAGAUUCAUGGGAAUUACUGCCAACUCAGAGCCGGAUUUGUCUCUCAUGGAAUGGCGGAUCUUACAGGUUGUCCUACUCGCGACCAUAGAUUCCCUCAAGACAGACAUGACUACGGAGCCAUUGAAGAGUAUGCUGAAGAACUCUGGUCAAAGCUGGAUCUAGCCGACUCUAAAGGAUGGAUCAUGUGUGCAGGUACUCCUGGAGUGGACCACUUCACUGAAGGCGGAGGCCCAGACCAAGACCACGGAAUCGUUCCUGGUCAUGCUUACUCUGUUAUUGCAGCUAAAGAGAGAGAAGGGAUCAGACUCCUAAACGUCAGAAAUCCUUGGGGAGAAUUUGAAUGGGGAGGCGCCUGGUCAGACAACUCUGAAGAGUGGACAGAAGAAAUGAUGGAGGCAUUCGAACCAGACUUCGACGCCAAGGAUGGAAGCUUCUGGAUAUCUUACGAAGAUUUCUUCAAAAACUUCUGCUCCAUCACAGUAUGCAGAGUCGAAAACUGGAAUGAAAUAAGACUCAAAGGAAUUUUCAUGAGGCUAAUGGAGGCUCAAGACACUGACGAAGAUUUCGUGCUCUCAAAGUUCUACUACUCUUUCAGACUUGAAGAAGAAGCCGAGAUUGACAUUGGGCUCCAUCAAGAGGACGAGAGAAUUCUAGGAUCUGACAGGAGAAGAUACGUGGAUAUGCAAAUCCUCAUUCUGAGAAGACACACGAAUGGUACACUUACGAUCGUUCAUGACUCUGGAAGUAGUGAUUCGAGAGACCAAGAAUGCCAUGUGACUUUGGGAGCAGGCCACUACAUUGUUGUGCCGAGAUCAUCAGGCGCAACUCUCGGAAGACCGAACAACGACCCUAAAGACCCUGUUGACUUCAAGGUUGAGCACGGAGAUAAGAUAAGGCUUCAUCCUGUUUUGAGAUCAACGAUUGACGAUGUUUUCAGAAGAAUGGAUCUUCAACUUAAUGGAGCCCUGUCAGCAGACGAGCUCAAUCAAUUUGGAAGGCUGAUUGGAUGUGAAGAACUUGAGAAUGUCACUGAUGAGGAUCUUGAAGGAGAAGAGUUUGAAAAUAUCUCCUGUAAUGCUAACGGAAUUACAAACUUUGGGAUAAAGCAAUACUUUUCUAAGUAUGAGCCAGAAGAAAUUGCAGAGUUUAUCGGAAAACUAGGCUAUGAUGAAUCUCUAUAUUCGACUAAGUCUAAGCCAUUCACAAUUACUUUCCACACCAAUAGUGAACUAAGAGUUAGAAUUGGAGAUGCUCUAAAAACAGACUUGAAUGAAAGAGCUUGGGAUCUAAUGAUGCAUAACUAUCAUAAGAAUAAUGGAGCAACAGGUGCUAUUCAGACUGACGAGAUCUGUGUAUUUAGAAGAUAUGAUCAAGGUGCUUACUGUGUUGUUUAUGGAGCAAUCAAUAAGACCGAUGAUGAAAUGGAAGUAAACUUCAAGAUGACAAACUCGAAAAAUAUGAUCUAUCAACCAAGCAAAGGAUCAGUUAAAACAAUUGUGCCACCAAGAGGUCUUGUAUAUCUCUCAACAUCAAUCCUAGACCCUGGACAGUCAUCAUUCUCCUGGAACUACAGUUUCAGUGCAGGCAGAACAUAAUAGUCUUGAUCCCAACUUCUAAAGCUACAUUUACUCUUA